AUGAAUAAUAAAAACGAAUUUUCUUAUAGAAUAUUAUUAAUUUUUAUACACAUUAUUUUUGUAUUGGUUAUAUUAUCUUCUGGUUCAUUAACUGGAUUAUAUUAUUUUAAACCAUUUAUACAUGUUGGAUUAAAGUAUCCACAAGAACAAAUAAAUAUUUGGAAUAUAACAUUAUCUGAUACAAAUUUAAUUUUAACUGGUGGUAAUUUUAAAACUAAUAUCGCCUUUUAUAAUACUUCCAUCUUUCCUAUCACUUAUGAACCACAACAAGUUGAUUUAUUCUAUUAUCCAAUUGGUGAACAACCAUCUUGCAUGUUAUUACAUUCAAGUGAUUAUCAUUUUGAUCCAAUGAGUGAUAGUUGUAGUAUAUCAAAAAUUUAUAAUACUAUUAAUCAAAAUAAUGAUUCAUUUUUCAAAAUCAGUGAUCUUAAAAUAACAAUGGGUUCAAGUGGAUGGGAUUUUAGUAUACCGAAAUAUAAAGAAUUGAUAUGGAAUAUUGGAUUUGAAGUACCUUAUGAAGAUUUGAGUAGUAUAAAACGGAUAUAUAUGGAUUGUGUCAAGUUUAAUCGUGUAUUAUUUUCAAUACUUUUAAAAGGAAAUGUACUUAAUUAUUUAUUCAUGAGGAAAGAAAUUGAUACUACAUUUGAAUUAUUAAUUCCAAUGGAAUGUUCUAUUGAUCCCAAUAUACACAAUUUAUUCCAUUCACAUAAUGCACCAAAUCAUUCCAUUAUUUUCAAUAAUCUUAAACAUACUUCUUUUAAAUUUUAA